CUUUUUUGAGGGUAGAGGCAAGCCAUGUGAAGAGUGAGGAAGAGCCCUUGCUCUCUCCACCCUCUUCCCAGGUCAUUGGCUGCAAUCCUGGCCACAGUGAGGCAGUGUCUGGGAAAAAUCUGGGCCCCUUGGGUCUUUCUGUCAUGCCCUAAAGGGGUUCAGAGUCCUGGAGCCCUCACUGAUCUGGAACAGGCUUUGGGAGAGGCCUUUGUCUCCCAGCCUUGUGUUCCCCUCAUAUUGGUUGUAAGUCAUUCCAUAUAUGCUGUUGCCAGUAUCACUCCGAAUACCUCUGAGCCAUGUCCAGUGUCCAGUGGUUCUACUGGUCACAGGAUUUGCCAACUCCCAGGAGCCUGUGGGACACACUGGAGUUCACACCCAGCCCAGUGUGACCACUCUUGGCUACAGUGGGGCAUGUUUCCUAUGCUCUGCUCCCUGCCUUCAUGACCUAUCCUCCUUCACAUUUCAGAUCCUUCUGUCCACUGUGCACUUGUAGAUAGAAGGCCCCCUCCAUUGGCCCAGGAAGCCCACUCUGCCCUAUCACGCAGAGCACAGAAGGAAAGAGAGCCCCAUGCCUGAGCCGAGGCGAGCACCAUGGAUCUGACAAAGAUGGGCAUGAUCCAGCUCCAGAACCCCAGCCACCCUACGGGGCUGCUAUGCAAGGCCAACCAGAUGCGACUGGCCGGGACUUUGUGCGAUGUGGUCAUUAUGGUGGAUAGCCAGGAGUUCCACGCCCACCGGACAGUGCUGGCCUGCACCAGCAAGAUGUUUGAGAUCCUCUUCCACCGCAACAGCCAGCACUAUACUCUAGACUUCCUCUCGCCAAAGACUUUCCAGCAGAUUCUGGAGUAUGCGUACACAGCCACGCUGCAAGCCAAGGCGGAGGACCUGGAUGACCUGCUGUAUGCCGCUGAGAUCCUGGAGAUUGAGUACCUGGAAGAACAGUGCCUGAAGAUCCUGGAGACCAUCCAGGCCUCAGAUGACAAUGACACAGAGGCCACCAUGGCCGAUGGUGGGGCUGAGGAAGAAGAGGACCGAAAGGCUCGGUACCUUAAGAACAUCUUCAUCUCAAAGCAUUCCAGUGAGGAAAGUGGGUAUGCCAGUGUGGCUGGACAGAGCCUCCCUGGGCCCAUGGUGGACCAGAGCCCUUCAGUCUCCACCUCAUUUGGGCUUUCAGCCAUGAGUCCCACUAAGGCUGCAGUGGACAGUUUGAUGACCAUAGGACAGUCUCUCCUGCAGGGAACUCUUCAGCCACCUGCAGGACUCGAGGAGCCAAUGAUGGCUGGGGGUGGGCGGCACCCUGGGGUGGCUGAGGUGAAGACUGAGAUGAUGCAGGUAGAUGAAGUACCUGGCCAGGACAGCCCUGGGGCAGCUGAAUCCAGCAUCUCAGGAGGGAUGGGGGACAAGGUUGAGGAGAGGGGCAAAGAGGGGCCUGGGACGCCUACUCGAAGCAGUGUCAUCACCAGCGCUAGGGAGCUGCACUAUGGGCGAGAGGAGAGUGCUGAGCAGCUGGCUCCCCCAGCUGAGGCUGGCCAGGGUCCUCCUGGCCGAUCAGAAGCCCCAGGGCCCCCAGUGGAGAAACAUCUGGGCCUCUACUCUGUGUUGCCCAACCACAAGGCUGACGCUGUGUUGAGCAUGCCGUCUUCGGUGACCUCUGGUCUCCAUGUGCAGCCUGCCCUUGCUGUCUCCAUGGACUUCAGCACCUAUGGGGGCCUGCUGCCCCAAGGCUUCAUCCAGAGGGAGCUGUUCAGCAAGCUGGGUGAGCUGGCUGUAGGCAUGAAGUCUGAGAGCCGGCCCCUAGGGGAGCAGUGCAGCGUGUGUGGGGUUGAACUUCCGGACAAUGAGGCCGUGGAGCAGCACAGGAAGCUGCACAGUGGGAUGAAGACGUACGGGUGUGAGCUCUGCGGAAAGCGGUUCCUGGAUAGUUUGCGACUGAGAAUGCACUUACUGGCUCAUUCAGCGGGUGCCAAAGCCUUUGUUUGUGAUCAGUGCGGUGCACAGUUCUCGAAAGAGGAUGCCCUGGAGACACACAGGCAGACCCAUACUGGCACAGACAUGGCUGUCUUCUGUCUGCUGUGUGGGAAGCGCUUCCAGGCACAGAGCGCACUCCAGCAGCACAUGGAGGUCCACGCAGGCGUGCGCAGCUACAUCUGCAGCGAGUGCAACCGUACCUUCCCCAGCCACACGGCCCUCAAACGCCACCUGCGCUCACACACAGGUGACCACCCAUACGAGUGUGAGUUCUGUGGCAGCUGCUUCCGGGAUGAGAGCACACUCAAGAGCCACAAGCGCAUCCACACGGGGGAGAAGCCCUAUGAGUGCAAUGGAUGUGGCAAGAAAUUCAGCCUUAAGCACCAGCUGGAGACGCACUACAGGGUGCACACAGGUGAAAAGCCCUUUGAGUGCAAGCUUUGCCACCAGCGUUCCCGGGACUACUCGGCCAUGAUCAAGCACCUGAGAACACACAAUGGCGCCUCGCCCUACCAGUGCACCAUCUGCACGGAAUACUGCCCCAGCCUCUCAUCCAUGCAGAAGCACAUGAAGGGUCACAAGCCAGAGGAGAUCCCACCUGACUGGAGGAUAGAGAAGACUUACCUCUACCUGUGCUAUGUGUGAAGGGGGUCCCCCGUGCAUUGGAGCAGCAUGGGAGCCAGAAAAGAAAUGAAGAUGGGGAAGAACUUUGCAAAGAAAAAAAAAAAAAGGAAAAAAGAAAAGAAAAAGAAAGAGAGAGAAUGGAAAGGAAACUUCAUAGCUAUUUGGCCCUGGGGCUCCAGGUGACCUGGAUGCCAAGCCACUGCCCCUUCCCGGGGACCUCUACCUUCCUUGAUUUUUCUUGGGUGGGUGGAGGUGGUUUUGUUCACCCACAUGGUGGCAUAUUUUUCUCCUCCCUCUACCCAGACCCUCCUUUUGUGUCCAGAAAUGGAGGCUAGGAAGCAGACGAGGACUGUAGUCAAAGCCACAGUCUCUGCCUGCUCUCCUCUCCUUGCCUCCUCAGAAGAUGGAGGGAGGGGAUCAGAGAGAGGGCUGCAGAUGAUGGGGGUCUCUGGUUGAUGCUUAAAAUGGCAGCUCUGGUUUGCUAGGGGAAAAUUGGGGAGGGGAAGAACUCUUUCUCUUCCCACCACUUGGUUCAUCCAUUGCUUUCUCUGCCCUGCCACAUUGGGUUCCGCUUAGGGUUUCCGAAAACCUUGUGGUUCUUUCCCUCCCUUGCCCCUGCUUGACUGCUGUCCUCCAGGUCCCAGGGAGUUCGCAUUCCUCUUGGAUCUGGGUGGUAUUUCCUCUUCUGGUUCCUCAUGGGGAAAGCUGCAUCUGACUCCAGAGUCCCUUCCUUCCCUUAGCUUUCUGAGAACACAGAACAUGAUAAAUCAUACUCCCCACCCUGGUCACCCCAGUCACGAGCAAGAUUCCUGCUGAGCUGCUUUUGCUUCCAAAAAUGGAAAAGCAUAUGAACUAAAUAUAUUAUAUCCCAUCAACCAACCACACACACGCAUGGCCCUACAAACUCAUUUCAGACCCUAGGGGAAGGAAUCCCAUUGUUCCAUUGAAAGGGCCCAUUGUCCAAGGGAAGGAGUGGAUGACCUCCUCCAGAAGGGUCCAUACCUGCAGGAGGGAACAGACACCCUGCCCAGGGUGGGGGACUGGCCAGGAGAGGAAGUGGCUGUCCUACUGGGGGACCUUUUAAGCACAGAACAUGGGGACCCCAGGCCCAGUGAGUUCAGUGGGAAAACUCGGGUCCAGAGAGUAGCACAGAAUUCCUCAAAGGGCCCUGAGUCCACAGAGAAGAGGAAAAGGGGGAGGAGGAGCUGAAAGCGCUUUGGCCUUGCGUUCUGUUUUGCUUCUUUUCUAUGUUCCCUGUUAGUACAUUGUACUUGAAUUACCUCAGUUUUUUUGUGACCUCAUGAGCUUUAUUAACCCCUGUAUCUCUUUUUUGGUUGGGGGUUGGAGGAAUGGGGAGGGUGUUCUUUUCUGUUCUUGUGUAAAUUAAUAGUUGGCUUUAGACUUCAGCUGGCCACGGCCCUCCCUAGCCCCUGGCUAGCAGCCUCAAAGCUGAAAGCUGUAUACAGAAGGAGAUGAGUGCUCAGGGUCUGAAUAGGAGGGGCCAGGAGGACAGAGAAAGUGGGUGGGUGGAGGGCCUGGUGAUUGGGGGUCUUACUGUCCCCACGGGGCACUCAGGAGUCACUGUCAACUCUGCCUGAGGGCUCAAAUCAUCUGUGUCCAGCAUCUGUUCAGCCUGAAAAACUCUGAAGAAAAAUCCCACUGUUGUUAGAAUUUGCUGGGCCCUUUUAGGCUUGAUGGGGGUCUUUAUCAUUGAGAUCCUUGCACCGAUGUGGUCCCCUGUGUGUAAUACCGUCAUUGCCAAAAUUGGUAUAUUUUCAUGGUAGGUGUGUGGGGGGGUGGGGGGGUGACUCAGCCUCAGUUUUGUUGUGUUGGGUGGGGUGUUGUUUCUCUAAGAGCUACCUCUUAUGUUCGUCCAAUUAUUCUUUUGUUCUCUCCUACCUCCCCUCUGCUGCUCUGCCUCCCCUCUUUCCCCAGCCUCCCCACCCUGUUAUUUGGAAAGCACAUUUGCAAUAUUCGCAUUUGCUUUGGGAUGGGCUCUCUGUUUCAUCUCAUGCUUUAUGUGUAAGAGUUUCUUUGUGUGUGUGAGAGAGAGCUUGUUUUAUUCUUUCUUUUCUCUCUCUGAGAAAGCUGUGGCUGUGUUUUGAUCUUAGGUUUUAAACAGUGGUUUUCGGGAAGCAGUUUUGGGGAGAAGGGUUGCGAGGAAUACAGGGGAGGCCUGAGGGAUGGGUGCUGCUGUGGCCACCCCCGUCCCUCAGUCCCAUCCCUUCUGCCCCAUCCCUUCAAUCUCAUCCACCAAAUCUGAAGGCCUUAAAAAUUGUGUGUUAGGGGGAUGAGGAUUGGGGGUACUUGUCACUAGACUGUGGAUUAGGGAUAAUAAUGUAAGGACAACUCUAUUUUGCAACUAUAAUAAUGACAGUGCUUCGGAAAGGAAAAAAGUUAAACUUGAAAUAUGUUGAUCAGUUGUGUUUAUAAUGUGAAAAGAGUGAAAUCUUUUGGGGGAGGAGCAGUCUAUAAGAAAUCAUUAUGCACUAUGGCUUCCUCCCCCCAUCUGGGAAGAAAGGG